GACUUCUGUGUCUGCGCUGCGACGGCUUUCUAUUUAUGGUUAGAUACUCCAUCGUUUAGUCCCAGCCAUCCUCUCCUUCUUUCCAGCGCCAGCAUACCGCUUCCGACAAAGGCACGGCUCGCAAGAUGGAGCGACAGCUCGGCAGGUCGCUGUUGCGACUUCACAGCGCCCGCACUCGAGCGUCCUUGGCUAACUGGCCUGCUCUCGAGCGGACAGCACUGCGGCAGGUCUCUCAACGACACGAAAGCAGCCCUUCGGUAAAUUCGGAGCGGCACAGCCGCUCCGAAUGGAUCGGUGUCGCAGCGGGUGUCGUAGGACUGACAUUGCUUGGGUCCGCUUUGAACAUCACAUCUGCAAGUAAUGAGCCUCGAAAUCAGCCGCCGACGGAAGACAAGUCGCUCGCUACGGACGAGCUCACAAAGUCGAUGAUCAGUAUGGACGAAGUGGCAAAACACAGCACACCUGAGCAGGGCCUCUGGGUCGUCAUUGGUGGGAACGUCUACGACGUAACCGACUUCAUCGACAAACAUCCCGGUGGGCGAAAUGUCAUCCUAAAAAAUGCAGGCAAGGAUGUAACGGCAAUUUACGAGCCAGUGCACCCACCCACCGCGAUCGAUGACAACUUGACGGAUUCGCAAAAGCUCGGUCUGGUGGACCCCAAGACGGUCAAAGUCGAGCAAAAGGAGUUGACGGACGCGGAAAAGAGGCGGAAGGAGGCGCUGGCUAACUUGCCGGCCGUCGGCACCGUCCUAAGCCUCGAUGAUUUCGAGCGCAUAGCCAAGGAUCUGCUCACUGAGCAGGCAUGGGCCUACUAUUCAUCAGCAGGUGACGAUGAGAUCACGUACUACAACAACCGCCAAGCCUUCAGCCGCAUCUGGUUUCGUCCACGCGUAUUGCGAAAAGUGGGCGAGGUUGAUACCUCUACACGGAUCCUCGCCAACACAGAAGGUGCGAGCAAGAGCAAGGCGAUCAACGUCACCUUGCCCAUCUACAUCUCUCCUGCCGCCAUGGCCAAGCUCGGGCACCCGGAUGGCGAGCUCAACUUGACUCGCGCAGCUGGGGCAAACGGCAUCAUGCAAGGCAUCUCCGCCAAUGCGUCUGUCGGCCUCGACGAGAUGCUUGACGCGCGUCAACCAGGCCAGCCAGUCUUCUACCAGCUCUACGUCAAUCGUGACCGCGCCGCUUCGGAGCGCAUUUUGCACAAAAUCGAGGAGAAGGGCGUCAAUGCCGUCUUCCUCACCGUGGAUGCGCCUGUCAUGGGUAAGCGCGAGAAGGACAUGCGCGCUAAAGGCGAGGCAGUCGAAACGGGCGGCGGCGUUUGCGACAAAGCAGGAGAAGGGUUAGGUGUCGCAGCUGCCAUCAGCGGGUACAUUGACCCGAACGUUUGCUGGGAAGACAUUGCAUGGUACCGCAAAACGUGCAAGCUGCCACUCUACCUCAAAGGUAUCCAGUGCGUCGAAGACGCUGAGCUCGCCGCAGCGCACGGAGUAGAUGGCAUCGUCCUCAGCAAUCACGGCGGGCGCUCGCUGGAGUUCAGCCCAGCGCCCAUCGAUGUGCUGAUCGAGCUACAGCAGCGCAAGCCCGAGCUGUUCAACAAGCUCGAGGUCUUUGUCGAUGGGGGCAUCCGGCGCGGGACGGACGUGCUCAAGGCACGCGCGCUGGGUGCCAAAGCUGUCGGUCUCGGUCGGCCGUUCCUGUACGCGCAGAGCGGGUUUGGCGAGGCGGGCGCGUCAAGGGCGAUACAGAUCAUGGUUGAUGAGGUGCAGCGUGGCAUGCGUUUAUUGGGGGUCACAUCGCUGGAUCAGCUUACGCCAGACAUGAUCGACAUUCUCCCACGCACAUACCACCCGCCGCCUCGUCCAGCCGAGCCGCAUGCUGAGCUAUAAGUGCCGCGACUAUAUUUGUGUAGCCAUAUCGGUUCUAUUGGCUUUGUGACAGUUAGCACUUCCAUGUAUGCGGGUUGUAAU